AUGACCAUGGUGUUGAUCGCCCCAGAACUCAUUAUCGCUUGGGCUUCGCGGCAGUUUUUCAGCGCUAUUGCAAUUGCAAAGCGGUUCAAUGAUGCCUCAAGUGCACAACCUGCUGAAGCCCACGACCACCAUCCAGAAUCGAGUGGCGCUCUUAGACCUGCAGAGGAUGCCUUAAGUGCACAACCUGCUGAAGCCCACGACCACCAUCCAGAAUCGAGUGGCGCUCUUAGACCUGCAGAGUUUAGAGACUGGACAAUCACUCAUGGGUUCUUCGUGUGGAUGGGUGGAUUCAUUCUCUACGUCGAUGGCCAGCCGCGAGCCACUCUUACACCUGAUGAACUGCUACACUUUGUUCUUCAGGGAUCUGUGGACAUGCCUGUCAUCCCAAAGGCGGACAUCAAAGACCGAAGCAAGGGUGACAUAAUAUCCAAAGGCAUCGCCAUUCUUCAGCUCGUAUGGUUCAUUUGCCAGCUCGUUGCUCGUCAUGUUCAGAACCUUCCGAUAUCGCUGCUUGAAGUUGAUACCCUGGCUGUAGCUGUUCUGACCUUCAUUGCCUAUCUCUGGUGGUGGUGGAAGCCAAAGGAUGUGGGACGUCCUUAUAUUGUUCAUUGGAAAGGAAAAGCAUUGCCGUUGAGCAACUUCACCUUUACUUACGACGAGGCAGAUUCGAGAUUCAGCAACGCAGGUUGUUCUCGUUAUCUAUUCUAUCUCAUCUAUCCCUGGUUGAGUUCUGCGGGAAUGGGCCCAAUCAUGUCCCCCAGUGCUGCCCAUUCACGUCGCGUCGCGUCUCUAGGUGGCUAUGGUGGGCCUGGUGAUUUUAUCAUAACUCUCAUCGUCAUCAGCGGUCACGGCCGCUCCAUAUCUUCAGAUUCGGCGUCUGUGGAGAGCGCUGCGCUUUUCAGUUAUCUGCCAGCGCACACCUUCAACGUCGAAUACAAUGAAACCCGAUACGAAACGUACCACACUAAAUACAUCGUGUAGUCGAUGCUGAUUGGAGUGAUGAAGUCGACUUCUUCAUCUGCUGUCCGUAGGGUUGCCUGCCAACAUAUGACAAUUCGACCCAGAGUCCCGGACUG